UCUCUCCGGGGCGCCGUAGGCAUCAGGUGACCGGGUUCCGGCGGAGUCACGUGAGGCGGGGGCGACCGGCCGCGACAUGGCAGCCUCCAGGCCGCUGUCCCGCUUCUGGGAGUGGGGGAAGAACAUCGUGUGCGUGGGCAGGAACUACGCGGACCACGUCCGGGAGAUGCGGAGCGCCGUGCUCAGCGAGCCGGUGCUCUUCCUGAAGCCGUCCGCCGCCUACGCCCCCGAGGGCUCGGCCAUCCUCCUGCCAGCCUACAGCCGCAACCUGCAGCACGAGCUCGAGCUGGGCGUGGUGAUGGGCAGGCGCGGCCGCGCCGUCCCCGAGGCCGCGGCCAUGGACUACGUGGCCGGCUAUGCCCUGUGCCUGGACAUGACCGCCAGAGACGUGCAGGACGAGUGCAAGAAGAAGGGGCUGCCCUGGACCCUGGCCAAGAGCUUCACGGCCUCCUGCCCGGUCAGCGCAUUCGUGCCCAAAGAGCAGAUCCCCGACCCUCACAACCUGAAGCUCUGGCUCAAGGUCAACGGCGAACUCCGGCAGGAGGGUAACACAUCCUCCAUGAUCUUUUCCAUCCCUUACAUUAUCAGCUACGUUUCCAAGAUAAUGACCUUGGAAGAAGGAGAUCUUAUCUUGACCGGGACGCCAAAGGGAGUCGGACCCGUUAAAGAAAACGACGAGAUCCAGGCUGGCAUACACGGGGUGCUCAGUAUGACAUUUAAGGUUGAAAGGCCGGAGUACUGAGUCUGUUCCAAGCACCCUGGCUUCUCAAGUUUCAGCAGAGAAGAGAGCUGGACGGAAGCAAGCAAAGGUUGUUAAAUGCCACGAUGCUUCAAUAAGAAAUAAUUUUUCAGUAUGACUUAAUUGGAUUGUUAUGACUUAAGGAAGACGGGCCCUUCCAGGAAAUUGUGAGCAAAAAGCUGGGCCAGAAAUGGAAAGAACGAGUGUCUUUUAGGAAAGAAAGUUUUUGUGAAGCUUCCAAAGAGGAGAAUUUAUCAAACUAAAUGUUCAGAAGACUUAUUUUCCUUUCCUAAAACUGGACUGCGUAAGACUUUUCCGUGACUCAUUCCGGGAUCAGUAAUUCAACACUGAAAAUCUGCAAAGGAAGUUGAAAAUCAUACUAAAAUUCCUUGAUCAUGAUAAUCAUCUGGAGGUAUUUGUAAAAAUAAAAAAGUUUCCGCAUUACUGGCCCAUACCAGGCCCACUAUAAUAAUUGGCAGGAUUAAUAUCCAGCAUUGCAAGUGAUUCUUAUCACAAAUGUGGAAAAACACUCCUCCACGUAAUCAGCUGAUUUAAGAUUCUGUGUAAUAAGUGAACAGUUAAUGACGACCUCACCCAUCUGUGCCAUGGCCCGUAGAUUCUGAAUCUGGGAGAUAAGUCUGAAAGAGUUAUUUUCAAAAUAAAUGUGUUGUCUUUUGUUUGA